AUGGCUGAAAAAUUAAUAGAAGAGACAUUAAAUGCCAUACUUAUUAUAGCUAAUUAUGAGGUCACACUAGAUUCUAAUCAAAGAAAAGCAGCUGAGCACUUUUUGCUUGAUUUAUUCAGCAGAAAAGAUGUGAAUAUCCUGGCAAUUAUACAUGAACUAUUCAAACUAGCUAGCACUAACACAUAUAUUGGAGAUUUUAAUGAUAUUUAUAGGAAAUUUUCAAUUAUACUUAAGAAUAAUUCUAUUAGUGAAAAUAUCCAAUUUAUAAGCCUUUCUUUAUUGGAUUCUGCAAUAACUUUGGAGAAAUGGGAAUACCUUAAUACAGAUCAGAAGCAAUAUUUUAAGAAAGGUAUCAUGGAAUUAGCUUUAUCAGGCUAUAAUGAUUUAAAUAAACAACCACUGAUAUCGUAUCCUGUAGCAGUACGUAGAUUAAGCUGUAUAUUAAGUAAAAUAGCAAUUGCUGAAUGGCCAGAUAACUGGCCUGAUUUUUUAACAGAAAUAUUUGCAUGUCGUACCUUUAUUCUGCAAGAGUUACUUCAUAGAUUACAUACUCUAGAAUUUAAAAUAAAUUUGAAAUAUAAAGUUUCAGUAAUCUCGAAACUAAUAUUGGGAAUAGUUAAAGAGAUAGCAGAAACCAUAACAUCAACUACGAUUUCCUUACAAUCUAAAAGACGUGCUACAGUGAUAUCUGGUAUAUACUGUAAUGAAAAUACUAUAUUGGAGAUUUUAAGUGAUACUUUACAAGCUGCUCUCUUAUGUGAUGAUUGUUUAUUGGAUGAUAAUACUAAACAAAUAGAUGGUUCACUAUUAAUAGCAAAGAAUUGUGAUUUUUCUCUAACACAGCUUGCUUUAGAAUGUUUAAAACACAUAAUUAGUAUGACUGACAUUAAGGCUUUAUUAGAAUUUAAACUUGAUCAUUUAUUAUUAGAACUGUUUAAGAAGUGGCGUGAUAAACUAGAAGAAGAGAUUAUAGAUUUAUUCAGUUGCAUAAUAUACAAUAUAUCUAAACAAAAGCAUAAAAGAACAAUAAUAUCUACGUUAGAAUAUGAAGAUACUAAUCGUCUUAUAAUGGGAAUUGUUUAUCUUGUAAGGAAUGUGGUUUUAGUUCCAGAUAUAAUGAUAAGUAUUCCAAACUAUGAAACUUAUGAAAGGCAUCUUGCAAUUGUUAAUUUAUUUAAAAUCACAGUUGAAAAGUGUAUUAGUGCUAUUUUGCAAAUUCCAGAUAAUAUGUAUGCUGAUAAUACAAACUCAAAGUUUAAUACAAUAAUCUCUAUAUGGCGUACUUGUAUUCUUCUUAGCAUUCAUCCAUCUUUAAAUAUUUCAAACAUUGGCCUUUUAACAGUGACUAUAUUUUUAAAGUACUAUAUAAUUAAUAAAUUUAGUGAUUUAGAAGCUACUAAAUUUUAUAAAUACUUUAAUGAGUUACAUGCAGAAGUAUUAUUUGUUGAUAGGUUAUUUGUCAUUUUAUUUAUAAGGGCACUUAGAAUUGGAGAUCCUGCAGUUAAAUAUAAAUCUGAACAUUGGACAACAUGGAAUAAACUACUUUCAACAAUAACUUUGACAACAAUAUCUCCACUUUAUAUGAAUGUAGAUUUUGAAAAUAAAUGUUUGGAAAAUAAAAUUUUACCAUUAAUACAACAUGUUUCGGAAUAUAUUCAACUUACUGACAAAUACAAUAUUGGAGGAUGUGAAGAUAAGACUGGAAUAAAUUUUUCAACAUUUAGCAAUACAUAUAGUAAAAUUAGAAGUCAAGUUCAGAAUAUUUUGAAUAUGCUAGUAGACUGGGAUGAAGGAAGACUUUUGUCUGUUACAUUUGAGACUUUUAUUCGCUUGGCCAGAAUGAUACUAAGUAAUAAUUCCUUCAAUUUAGUAUGUAAUCCCCAUACUUCCCAAUUUAAUAAGAACCCAAAUAAUUUAUCUACAGUUAAAGAUGAUAAAAUACAUUAUGAUUGUCCAAAGUGGGUAAUAUUAGACUCUCUUUUUUUUAUUGUUGAGAUCCUAACUCAACGGAUAUACAAGAAUGCAGCUAUUAACCCUUUAAAAACAGUUUGUACCUCUCUUGAACAUCGAGUAUCCUCUUACUAUGACGUUAAUAUGGAUACUGUGAAACGCAAAGAAUCAAGGUGGAUACAGUUGUUGCACCAAUUACUUAAUGGAUUUCUACAACUUCCACCAGAUACACUCUGUGGAAUUUAUUUAGAGUACCGUAAAGUUAGUUUGAUACAACAAACCUUUUUUACAAUACCAUGGUUUGAUUCUUUAUCUGAUAAGAAUUCAGUUGUUACUCCAAAUGGAUUCUUAAAAAUGUUAUUUUCACAUUUGUCAUCAACUAAAUUCUAUGCCGAAAGCAAAAAUAAUUAUUUUCAAAUGAAUCAUACAACUUUAAAAAAGCAUACUGUAACUGCUUUAACCAAAAUUAUGUUAAAUUCUCAAAUUUUUGAUGCCUACACAAAUGAAAUUAUUCGAACUGUAAAAAACUGCUUACUAGAUUCAGGUAUUACAUAUGAAGAAAAAAGUAUAUUUAUAGCCUCUCUUUCUGCAACUGUAUGUUCUACAAAAAAUUAUAAGAUUAUUUCGGAAUUGAUAUCUGCAUUUAUUCAACAGGAAAUUAAUUUCUUGUUAAACCCCUUCUUUAAACAUUGUAGUAAGACUGAAUUUGCUUAUUUUUUAUUUGGACCUAUCUUAAAAUAUAUUACCAUUAUUAAUGAUAAAAAUAAUCAAACUAGAGAAUUUCAGGAGUCCUCUAAUAAAAUUUUUAACAAUUUGAAUGAACUAAGAAAUAGUUUAAAUAUUAUCUUAACUGUUCUUAGUCAUAUACAAACUCCAGAUAAUUUUGAUACUGCUAAAAAUGGUGGCUUUCUAAUAGAUAUAAAUGAAACAUUAGGAAAUUUACCAAUAGAAAAUAUUUAUUCUAAAAAAUAUAGAAACUUUAAUAAAGAUUUAGAUACUUCAUCAUCAACUAAAUUCCAAUUAUUCCAUCCUUUAGAACCAGUUAUGGCACAAAUAUUUGAGAAUUUAUUUAUUUUAUGUAAAAGUCUGUUUGAUAUUUUAAAAAUAGGAGAGGAAGACGAAAUAUAUGAAUAUUUCUAUCCCUUUGUAAAUAUAUGUGAUUCAGAGUGGAACUAUUUAACCUUGAAUAAAGAUAUUAGCUAUAAAACUCUCCAAAAUUGUUUUUCAAAACAAUCCAUGUCUGAUAUAUACUAUGAAGAAGUAAAUGAGGCUCGUCGUCUAUUAUUUACAAUAAGAAAGCUCCUUAUCAAAACAAUAAGUUCAAUUAUAACUUUGGGUACUAAUAAGAAAAUAAAAAUAUCUGAAAUGACAAAUGAACCAUCUUGUGUUGAAAAUGAAGCAUUUAACUCAAAUAUUACAAGUGAAUUAAGCUUUACUGGAUUUUAUUUUUACCCAAAUAUUACUAGCCUAUUAUCAAAUUCUUUAAUUGAACCUAUUGAGCAAUUACCUAUUUAUGUAAUUCUGAGUUUAGUAAAGUUAGGGUGGACUCCAAUAUUAUCACCAAAUAAUAUUCCAAAAAAAUCUAGUUCUGGAAUUUUGCAGUUUCUUACAGAAGUGUUUGCUAUCCGCUUUAUCCCUGCUAUGUUAAAAAAAUUUGAAGUAGAAUGGAAUAAUAUUGAAUAUUCUCAUGCAUAUAUUAUAUUACAAACAAAUUCUUUACUUAAGGAUAAUCCUCAGGAAUCUCUUAAAGUUAUAAAUCAAAUGGUGCAGAAAGAGAAACCACUUCUUAAUACUCCUCUAGAACUAUUUUUUGGAAGAAAUAACUUGUAUAUAGAAGAUUCUAAUAUCAACAAUGUAGUCUAUAUGAUUCAUUAUCAUCAAUUAAAUCUAACAAUAAAAGCUAUAUUACAAAUUGUUGAACAAUUUUUAACAACGAAAAGUGUUCAUAAUCUAAAUUUAUCUUUCGAACAGAGGGAUUACCUUAUUAAUUCACUUCAUAAUGAUGUAAAUGAUAACAACUAUACAGAUGUUGAAAUGGAUGAGAAGUUAAUGACUAUGUAUUCUGCUAAGAGAAUUCAAUUUAUGGAAACCCCUGAAAUAAAGUGUGAACAAGGAGAUAUUUCAAAAAUUGUAUUUCAAGAUGAAACUAUUGUUUUGGCAUGUUUAAAUACUAUUUUAAAAACAAUACACUACCCUGAAGCAAGUUUGAUUGAAUAUUCAUUUAAAAUAUUGAAUAAAUAUGUUAGACAGUUUAAUACCCAGUAUAUUAAUUUGAAAAGUGGAUCUAACAUACUAAGUAAAUUUGAAUUUCACUUAACUUUUAUUAAACAACUUCUUUUAAGUCUAUUGAAAAUAGGACUGCAACCAUUUUCCUUUGAUCCUUUAAAUAUUACAAGUAAUUUACUACAACCUGAGACUUAUAUUCAUACACCAUUAAGAUCUCAUAUGGAAAACCGUCACUUUAUUUUGCUAAGAAGUGCAAUUUCUGAACUUAUAAAGUGUAUCAUUAGAUCAACUCCAAUUUGUAAUGAUUAUAUAAUUAAAGAAAGAAUUAUUUUAAAAGAUCAGGAAGGUAAAAGUGAAGAUUGCAAUUCAUCUAUUAUCUCUAUUCCUGAAGUAGUACUUUCUAGAGGAGUUGAGUCCCUAAAUUUGCUUAUAUCAUCUGAUAAUUUGUUUACAGUACAGGAAACUGCUAAACUGGUUCAAAGUGUACUUCUUGAGUUUAUUCUAGACACCCCUAACAACAAUUCAGUGCUAAAUACUCUGAUAUAUGAACUUAUUUGCAAACAACAUAAAUUGGUUAUGACUAAAUCCUCCCCAAAUUGCCUUACAAUAAAUAUUCCACCCAUAAACUUUUUAAAUGGGAACUGUCUCAAUUCAAAUUACAUAGAGAAAAUAGGCAAUGAUAGGUUAAUGAUAUAA